AUGUGUGUUUCUAGUCAAUUUGAACUUGUUUGUUAAGAAUGUAAUAUGUGCGCUGUAUAUAAAUAUGCGGUUUAUAUCCAAUAAUUGACAAGAUGUACUGUGUACCUGAUAAAAAUAUGGGUGAAGGGACUGGUCCAGCUCGCUGGUCCAGUCUCCCGCCUCGAGCUGCUGACUCAGCGGAUGAACUGGCGGAAGUGGCAGGGGCCCAGUCCGGAAGCGGCGCGGCGCGGCGCGGCGGUGGCGCCGCCAGCUGGGCGGUCACCACAACCGCGCGGGAAGCGGUGCAAGCGGUUUGCCUG